AUGACUCCGGUCGUGGUGUCGUGGCGGUGGGGGUGUGUUGACCGCGUCAACUGCGUCCUGGUACAGCUGCCCCCAUUCGCCGCGCUGAAAGGCUCGGAGCCGGGCUUUGACCCCCGGCCAGUUCGGUCGUUGUGGCGAGGGACUGGCCCCUCUGUUCCUGCUGCUGCUCCGUCCUCUCCGGCUGCUGCACCUGCUCCCCUGGCUCUCUUUGUCGAGCCACCGGUGUCUGCCCUGGCAGGGGUUGUUGCGGAUCCCCCUGUUCUUGCCCCCGACGCGCCCGUUGCACCGCCCGCUUCUGUCCCCGACGUGCCUGCUCCGGUGUCUGUUUCGUCGCCGAAGGCGGCGUCCGCCACCACUGGCGGCCCGGCUCCGUUGGUUGCUCCCUCAGCGGCGGGCCAGUCUGCGCUUGCGGCAGUGCCGAUGGCCCCGGCGGCCCCGGCAGGUCAGCCGUCACGCCCCCCGUCGCCUGACCGCCGCCUGUCACGCCCCCAUUCCCCCGCGCUCCAUCAGGAGCGCGCGUCGUCUCGGCGCCGGCGUGACUCUCCACGACGCUAUCAGCAGCAAUCCCACUGGCCUGCCCAGUCUGGUGGUCGGGGGGGCUGGAGGGGUCCCCGCGGGCGCAGUGGCGGUGGGGAGUACCGUCCGCCCGUGACGAUGGCGGAUCUUCAGCGGGAGGUGUCGAAAGCAGUGCGCGAGGAGAGGGCCGCGCAGAGCCAGAGCAGUUCGAUGCACGCGUCGCCUGCCCGCGCGCCUCCACGUCCGGCUGCGAUCCCCUCGAAUCCACUGCCUGCUGCUGCACCUCAUCCGCAGGUUCCAGCCCCAACGCUUCCUGCUCCCGCUGCCUUGGCCCCUGCUCCUGAAGCGCGCCUUCGUCUGCUGCCGGUUCCGCCCGUGGUGGGAGUGGAAUAUGUGGCCGCGGGAGGAGGAGCGGCGGGGGCUCGGUAUUCUCCUCACGUCGCUGGUGGAUCGGCGUUUCUUGCUGCCGAUGAGCCGUUUCAUUUUCUGGCGGAGGCGCUUCAGCCUCCUCAGACACGUGUUCCUGAGGCGACGCUCGGCCAGCUCUCCCGCCUCGCGGAGAGCCUUCAUGCGCUGCUGUUGAUUCAGGUGCUUGCUCAUGCGUCCCUCCCCGCGAUUCCUGCAGAGACGUUCCAUGACCGCCCGCGUGAGACGUGCUUGGACGCAACUGACCAGCUCGCCGUGCUGAUGGCGCCCGCGUUGGCUGCGCCCGCAGAGGGUGGCGCUGCGGCUGUGGGACAGCUUGACGAGGCUGUCCGGGGCUUGAGGCGACACUUGCGCUCAGGUUCUGGAGCCGCCGCGAUCGGCGCAAGUACGCUGGUGGUCCGUGAGCUGUGGCGAACGUUGACGGGCAUUCUCCAUGCCCUCGGAGCUCACCGGAUGUAG